AUGGCACUGAAACAAAAUCAGCAACUGGAAAACCGCAGCACAAUCAAAACUCUCAACCUCUUCAUGGACGAUCAGGGCACAAUACGAGUCGGAGGACGAUUAAAACACGCUCCGCUCAGUGCUGACGAGCGACACCCCAUCAUUCUGCCGCAAACCUCUCAUUUCACCGGACUCGUAAUCCAGGCUUGCCACCAACGAGUACUACAUGGCGGAACUCAGCUCACGCUGAGUCUUGUGCGCAAAAAGUUCUGGAUCCCCCGCAGGAGGAUGCCGGUUAAACGCAGAAUACACAGGUGCAUCACUUGCGUGCGAUGGCGGGCGGUCUCUCCGCAACCAAUGAUGAGCAACUUGCCUUCUGCUCGCGUACAACCGAGUCGGCCGUUCCUGCGCGUGGGCCUUGACUAUGCCGGUCCGAUAUUUUUGAGAACCGCUCGCGGACGAGGCCAUAAGUUAUACAAGGCUUUUAUCUGCAUCUUUGUUUGUAUGAGUUCCAGGGCAGUUUAUCUGGAAGCUGUCUCAGACUACACGUCCGACGCAUUUCUGGCGGCAUUCAAAAGAUUCUGUUCUCGCAGAAAGCUGUGCACCGAUGUUUACUCCAACCGGGGAACCAACUUUAUCGGGGCCGAUGCCCAACUGCGGGCUCUUUUCCGGGCAGCAAACAAAGAGGCUCAGCAAAUUGCCAACAGCAUCGGAAAUCAAGGAGUUCGAUGGCAUUUCAAUCCACCAGCCGCUCCACACUUCGGUGGCAUCUGGGAAGCCGCAAUUAAGUCAGUAAAACAUCAUCUUCGCCGAGUGAUAAGAGAUUCGACCUUGACUUUCGAGGAGAUGUCCACACUUCUCUCUCAGAUCGAAGCGUGUUUAAAUUCAAGAUCGCUUCAGGCAAUGUCAGAUGACCCUACAGAUUUAACUGUACUAACUCCAGGGCAUUUUCUGAUUGGAGAGCCUGUUCAGAGCGUUCCGGAACCACGAAUCGACAAGAUUCCUGACAAUCAACUUGCCAGAUGGGAGCUUAUUCGGAAGAUGAGAGAUCACGUGUGGCAGCGAUGGUCACAGGAAUAUCUACGUGAGCUAUCCGCCCGCAGUAAAUGGUGGAAGCUAUCUAAAAAUCUGGAGGUGGGUCAGCUAUGCCUCCUGCGUUCAGAAGCAUCUCCGCCAUCCAAGUGGCCAUUAGCACGCAUCACGGCUGUCCACCCCGAAGGAGACGGCCAAGUGCGCGUCGUCACGGUGCGAACAGCAUCGUCGGAGCUAACGAGACCAAGCGUAAAGAUCGUACCUCUGCCAGCCGCGUUUGGCGAGGGUUAA